AGGUUUUUAAUGAAACCAUGCCUUUUUUUAUUCUAUUUGUAAUCAAAGAUUGAAUUCCCAUCCCAUACCCAUGAAGGGUUUGGGAUCCAUACCUGCCCCUGCUCGUGCCCGUGCCCAGUUGACAUCCGUACGGGGUUCAAGUUGGAAAGAAUAGUGAUGACAUUACAGACAUGCUGCACAAUCUGACCUCUCUUCUAAAUUUUAUCAUCCAAGUAGGCCUCCACGAUCCCAACUCCUAUUCUACUUGCUUUGCUCGAUUUUCUCAACAAUGGAGAGAUUGAGAAGAGUGGUGAACCAAAUAGCCUAUACACCACGCUCUCAAACACGCUACAAUCUCUCUCCUCUUCAACUUUCUCUUAUCCCUCUACUCUCCUUCGCUUCUUCUCUCUACAAACUUACUCUCUACCUCCGCCAUCAACUCUACCACUUGGGUCUCUUCCGUCAACAAAGGUUGCCUGUGCCGGUGAUUAGCAUUGGAAAUUUGACGUGGGGAGGCAAUGGGAAGACACCGAUGGUUGAGUUCAUCGCUCGCUGGUUGGCUGUUUCUGGAAUUUCACCUCUCAUUCUUACAAGGGGUUAUGCUGGUGGGGACGAAGCUAACAUGCUUCAUAGGCAUCUCUUUGGGACAUCUGUGAAGAUUGGUGUUGGUGCAAACCGGGCUGCUACAGCUGCUUGUUUUCUUGAAAGAUAUGGUUUCAUGAAUCACUGUCACGGUACAUAUUUUGAGAGACUUGGUUUUGACCCGAAAGAUGGAGAUCAUGGAGGACUGGACAAAAUUGCGGCUACAAUUCUAGAUGAUGGAAUGCAGCAUCUGAGCUUGUGGCGUGACCUGGAGAUCGUAAUGGUGAAUGGGAUGAUGCCAUGGGGAAACCAUCAAUUACUUCCACUUGGACCAUUAAGGGAACCUUUAACUGCACUUAGCCGGGCAGAUGUUGUUGUUGUUCAUCACGCUGACUUGGUAUCAGAAGAGAAUCUCAAAAUCCUUGAAUUGAUGAUGAGGAAUGUCAAGCAAUCUCUUCCUAUAUUCUUCACCGCAAUGGCUCCUUCAUACUUCUUUGCAGUGGGAAACAAUUCCCAAAAAUUACCUUUAAGAGCUGUAUAUGAAAAGAUCGUCUUGUGUGUUUCUGCAAUUGGUUUUGCAAAUGCCUUUGUUCAGGGCAUUGAGAAGAUAGGACCAUUGCAUGUGGAUCAACUAGACUUCAAUGACCAUCAUUUAUUUAAAACUGAGGAUAUGGAAAUGAUCAGAAUGAGACUUCAAAAACUUCACGCCAAAUAUGAUUCCAAGCCAAUUGUUGUAGUAACAGAGAAGGAUUAUGAUCGAGAGCCAGAGAUUCUUAAACAUUUGGAUCCUUUUGAAGUUUUGGUACUGUUUUCUGAAUUGCGGAUACUACCUCAUGAUGGAUGCACAGAAGAUAGCUUCAAGAAGUUAUUGAGACAGCUUCUGGUAGUAAAAUUAUCGGGCAUAAAAAUCACUUAGCUUUGAGAUUUCAGAGUGGGGAACAAUUUUCUAUGGUAAAUGCAGUGCUAAAAGUUAGUUAUUGGUAAAGGAUUUGAUGGAAAAUGAAUUUUCAAUUGUAAAGAUCCAUUGCUAAGAUAUAAAAUGUCUGAUGGAUUCAAUUUUCUGGCCUAAAAAAUAUUUUUGAUUUGAACACCACGAUUUCUUAGUUUACAUCUCCAAACAUGGUCAGUUGAACAAGUCAAUCUGAGAUCUCAGAUGUUGCCUGAGCUAAUGAGCACAGUAGAUACUGCACUUGGAUGGAUUGGUUCUCUGGUUUUCAUACUUUUGUAUUUCUGUCCCUUUAGGAAAUCUUCAUUGUCCACCAAGACCUGGAAGAAUAAACACCAAAUACAACAGUUCUAUGAGGCAGACAGCUAGCAACAGAAGAUUAUUUACCUUUUCAUAGAAGUUGGUAGCGCGAUCCAGAUCGAUCACACGAAGCAUCAUUUGACUAAGUGGAUCAGGAGUUGGACCACUUUGGACGAGCUCAAAACUGU